AAAGAUAGUAACCGGAAGUAGUACUAAGCUUCAUUUGUAUACAAAUGUUAUUCAUUUCCUGUUGAAAGCCAAACUUUCUUCGGAAACUAAUUCUAUAAUAUGUCUGCAGCACAUCGAAAUGCCCUCAAGCAAAGCGUGUUCAUGGCGAAAAACAUAAAAUCGGUUCGAUCUGUAAGCUUUGAUUAUUUUCUGAUUCUUGACUUUGAAGCUACAUGUGACAACACAAGAAAAAUACGUCCCCAGGAAAUCAUAGAAUUCCCUGUUUUGAAAUUAAAUUCUAAAACACUUGAGACUGAAGCAAGAUUCCACAGAUAUGUCAAACCUCAAGUCAACCCUAUUUUGACGCCUUUCUGCACUGAGCUGACUGGAAUCAUACAAGAUAUGGUCGAUAACCAGGCAUCUCUCGAUGAGGUUCUUAAGGAUUUUGACCAAUGGAUGAUUGAUAAUCAUUUACUGCAGUCUGAUAACAGUUUUGUUUUUGUCACGUGUGGUGAUUGGGAUCUGAAAAUAAUGCUUCCAGAUCAGUGCAACCAUUUCAGUCUUGAACGAAAAACCUAUUUCUCAAACUGGAUUAAUAUCAAAAAGAUUUUUGCCAAUUCCACGUCAAAAUGGCCUCGAGGUCUGUUGAAUAUGUUGGAACAUUAUAGGCUACCACAUAUUGGACACCACCAUAGUGGAAUUGAUGACUGCUUGAAUAUUGCCAACAUCUUCCGCAAGUUAAUGAAUAAUGGUUACCAAAUCCAAAGAACCGAUAUCUCACAUUACCAAAGAACGUGACCAUCACAACAUUGACUGAAACAUCAUCAGAAGUUGAUAAAUUCUUUAAAAUGUCUUUCAUAAGAGGUUUUUCUAAAUAUUUAAUAGAAAAACCAUCAGUUGUAUAGUUUUUGAUAAACUACUUAUGUUUUUUUAGAAAAUAUUGUGAGUGUUCUUCUCAGUUUCAUCCAUUUAUGAAGGUUGAUAUGAGGGAAUGGCGGGGUCAAUAUCUUGCCGUAUGUAGUUAUGUCCCUUCAGGCUCUGAGUUCAAAUUCUGCUGAAGUUAGCUUUUUACUUGUUCUCUUUGAAUGGUUGGUAUAAUAAAUACCAGUAAACAACUGAGUUUGAUCGAAUGUGCAUUCCCCCACCCCUGCCUUGCACAAAUUUCUGCCCAUGUGCCAAUACUGGAAAUCAAUUAUGGCACUGGUAUGGCCAUGUAGUUAAGAAGUUCAGUGCAUACUGUGCAGGACACAGUCCCAACAUGCAAUGCCUUUGGCAAGUGUCUUUUUUCUCCUACAGCCAUUGGGCCAACCAGUGUGAAUUUGUGAUUUUCAUACUUGGAAACUGUGCAGAAGCCCGUUGUGUGUGUGUGCAUGUCUUUGUGUUUGACUCCUUCUCCAUGCCACAUCACUUGACAACAUCAACCAGUGUUGGUUGGUUUGUUUACAUCCCCGUAAUAGUGGUUCAGCAAAGGAGAUUAAUACAAAACAAGUACUAGACUCUCUACUGAUCUCGAUUCUAGGCUGAAUGCUUCCCUGAGCCUUCCUCCUUUGGGACUUCGUGAUUUUGACUUGUCGUCCAUGCUUCUAUAGUUUUAUAUUUUCCUGGGUUUGGGUGUUGGUCCUAACCAAAUCCAUUUUUACCUCUUAGAAGAGUUAAUCCCUAUAAGGUCUGGCCCCUCUCUUUGAUGGCAGCCCUGAGGCCCUCUUGCAUUCCUGUCUUAGCUCCCAGGGUAUUAAAGGAUACAAGCUAUCCUGGCAUAACUGAUAUUAAGCUUAUUAAACAAGAAAUUUGCAAGUUUUCUACAUUAUUUACAUUUGACAGAUAUUUGUCCUCAUCUUGUUUGUUGUUAACAUAACGUUUCGGCUGAUAUAUCCUCCAGUCUUCAUCAGGUGUCUUGG